AUGGGUUGGCUUAGUAGAAUUUUUAAAGGCUCUGAACAUAGGGUUUCGGAAGGGCAUUACUAUAAAGAUGAUUCUGGUUAUUACUUGCCAUCAACUUCAGGGGAUGUUUGUACUGAGAAUGAGAAUGAAGAUAUAGAUCGUGCUAUUGCGUUGUCGCUUGCAGAAGAAAAUCACAAAGUGAAAAAUGUAAAUGACCACAAGUCACAAUUAGAAGAAGAUGAACAACUUGCCAGAGCAAUAGAAGAAAGCCUAAAUUUGGAGUCACCUCCCAAACAUGGAAAUGAUAACAAUACGUAUCAACCAAUUCAAUAUUUCCCGAUGGGGUACAGGAUAUGUGCUGGCUGCAAUACUGAGAUUGGUUAUGGGCGAUAUCUAAAUUGCAUGGGUGCAUUCUGGCAUCCUGAGUGCUUCCGCUGCCGUGCUUGCAACCUACCAAUCUCUGAUUAUGAGUUUUCCACGUCUGGAAAUUACCCUUACCAUAAAGCAUGCUAUAAGGAAAGCUACCAUCCAAAGUGUGAUGUCUGCAAGCACUUCAUUCCAACAAACCCUGCUGGUCUUAUUGAAUAUAGGGCACACCCAUUCUGGAACCAGCAUUAUUGCCCUUCACAUGAACAUGAUAAUACUCCUCGCUGUUGUAGCUGCGAGCGAAUGGAGCCACAAGGGACAGGAUAUAUUGCCCUUAAGGAUGGAAGGAAACUCUGCUUAGAGUGUCUUGAUUCUGCUAUCAUGGAUACUAACGAAUGCCAGCCCCUUCAUGCUGAUAUAUUAAGGUUCUAUGAAAGCAUAAAUAUGAAACUGGAUCAGCAAGUUCCUCUACUGUUAGUUGAAAGACAAGCACUGAACGAAGCAAGGGAGGGAGAGAAGAAUGGCCACUAUCACAUGCCUGAAACCAGAGGACUCUGCCUCUCUGAGGAACUCAGCACUAUUUCUAGACGACCUAGACUUGGGACAGGAAAUAAAGCUAUGGACAUGAGAGCACAGCCAUACAAACUGAGUUCACGCUGUGAUGUAACAGCAAUUCUCAUCCUAUAUGGUCUUCCAAGGUUACUUACUGGAUCAAUUCUUGCACACGAGAUGAUGCAUGCAUGGCUGCGGCUGACAGGUUUUCGGACUCUUAGUCAAGAUGUUGAAGAAGGUAUCUGUCAGGUUUUGGCUCACAUGUGGUUGGAGUCUGAGCUUUCUUCUGCAUCAGGAAGCAAUGUUGUCUCAUCAUCAUCAUCAUCUGCAUCAUAUACAUCUAAGAAAGGUAAAAGACCUCCUUUUGAGAGGAAGCUUGGGGAGUUCUUCAAGCACCAGAUUGAAUCCGACAUUUCCCCAGUUUAUGGAGAUGGAUUUAGGGCAGGUCAAAAAGCCGUUCGCAAGUAUGGCCUACAGAGGACCCUUCACCAUAUCAAGAUGGCGGGGAGCUUCCCAUUUUGA